UGCCCCAUAGGGUUUCCAAGGGGUGGCUGGUGGAUUCGAACUGCCAACCUUUUGGUUAGCAGCCGUAGCUCUUAACCACUGUGCCACCAGGGCUCCAAUUAUCUUCAUUAAUGUACAAAUAAAAUUGAUACAUUUUAAAUGGUGACAUUAUCCAUGAGACUAUGUAAGAAAUUGAUCUGUUUGAAUUAAAAAGCAAAACCUCAAAUUGAAUGUAGCUUUGGAAUUAAUAUAUAUGUACAUAUAUUUAUAGACCAACAUGUAUUUUGUAAGAAAAAUAUAUAAUUUUAAAAUUCUUAGCCCAUAUAUGCCAUAUGUGAUAAUUCAACCUAGUUUAUUCAGGUAAUCAUAACAUUUGACAAAAAUAUUCUAAAUAAAUGGAAGUGUUUGAUGAUUUAUUUGUAUAGUGCGCUCGUAUUUUAGCUAGCUUUUCUCACACUCGGUAGGAGGAGUUCAUUCAAGAUAUGGCUGGGCCCUACCCCUGAGUUUCUGAUUGAGUAGGUCUGGGUGGGUUGCAAUAAUUUGCAUUUCUAAUAAGUUCCCAGGAGAUCCUGAUGAUGGUUCUACUGCUCCUGCUUCUACGGCAACCACACUUUGAUAAACUACUGAUAAUAGGUUAUGUGGUAUCAUAUCAAAUGUACAGGAAAAUACAUAAAAGAAUAUGACAGACACCUGAAUCCCAUUAUCCUGCUUUAAUAUUUAACAUUUGCCACGUUUGCCUCGGAUCUUUUUUUUUUUCUCUAAAGAAAUACUGCAGAUGCAGUUAAAUAUACAUACCCCCUCCAUCUGAUUGCCUUCCUGAGAUGAUAACCACCCUCCAGAAUAAUUUACCAUCUAUUUUUUUACUCUUGCUAUCUAUAGAGUGGCUUUGAGUUGGAAUCGACGGCAACAGGUUUUUGGUUUUUUAUGUUUAUGUAUCCAAAACUAAGGUAUUGUUUUGCAUAUUUUUAAAUAUGCAAAUACAAAUGAUAUAAGGAAUCUUUUUGCAAUUUAUUCUUUUCAUUAUAUGUUUCUGAGAUUUGCGCAUAUUUUUAUGUGUUCCUUCAUAGUCAUAUAUUUCUAACUGUAGUGUAGUCUCUAAUUAUAUAAAUACACUGCUUAUUUUUUAUCCAUUCUUCCAUUAAUGGGCAUUUAGGUUUGUGGCAGGCACUAGCAGCUGCAUAAUUAACUGUCAUUCCUCAUUUACUUCCUUUCACCUUGCUUUUAGACCACCCAAGUUCUAUGGAUAUUCCUCCGUAUACUAAGGAAAGGUGACUCCUUUCUAGCCUCAGGAGAAUGAAUGUUGAUUUGUCUAAGCCGAUCAUGGUAAUUCUUCCUUACUAGUGGUUGUUUUUGGCAUGAGCAUGUAGUAUAGUCCUGAUCAAAGAUAUAUAAGGAGAAAUCUGGGAGGAGCUCCAAGGAAAAUUUUCUCCCUGGCUGAACAGAGAGGCAUGAAAAUAAAUCCUCUAGUAUUGGAUAUGGUUGUCAAAGGUGGAAUGGUUGUAGCAACAGCCAUUACCUUGAGAUCCUGAGGUGACAAAUCUCAGCGUGAAAGCACUUGGGUUUUUGAUAAUAUAAUUGUUUGAAGCCACCCAUUUCUCCUGACUUAUUUUUAUGUGAAAUUUUUCUCUUUUAACAACUUUUAGUUGAGUAUUUUGUUGUUUGCAACCAAAAACAUUGUGUUACAAGGUGGUUCACAUUAUAAAACAAAAAACAUUUCAACAUUACUGCAAUAAGGAUUCUUGAACUUCUUUCCUGUGCUUAUGGGCAAGUGUUUCUCUAGGGUCUAGGGUAGGAGUGGAAUUUGGGGGCUGUAGAGUGUGUUCAUCCGCAGCUUUGGUAGAUGUUGUCAGAUUGUACCCCCAAACAGCUGUACCAAUAUAUACUCCCUCUAGCAGUGUAAAAUAUUUUCUAUUUCUCCAUAUUAGAUUUUUUGCUAAUACCUGGUAUUGUCAGGGAACCCUGAUGAUGCAGUGGUUAAGAGCUCGGCUGCUAACCAAAAGGAAAAAUAGAAAUGAAGGUACAUAUGCACACAAAAUUUUGCCUCAUUUGUUUGCUGACGUUUAUUUUCCAUCAUUGCAACCAUUGCCAUGAAGACCAUGACCAUGGUCCUGAAGAGCAUCACAGACACCAUUGUGGAAUGACAGAAUCGGAGCCAAGCAAAUAUUCAGUGCUGGAUGCUGAAAAUCAAAAAAAGUGCUAUAUUGAAAAACUUUUUUACCGUUAUGGUGAAAAUGGGAGGUUAUCCUUUUUUGGUCUGGAGAAACUUUUAACAAACUUGGGCCUUGGAGAGAUAAAAGUAGUUGAGAUUAAUCAUGAGGAUCUUGGCCACGAUCAUGUUUCUCACUUAGAUAUUUUGGCAGUUCAAGAGGGAAAACAUUUUCACUCACAUAACCACCAGCAUUCCCAUAAUCAUUUAAAUCCAGAAAAUCAAACUGUGACUAGUAUAUCAACAAAAAGAAAUCAUAAAUGUGAUCCUGAGAAAGAGACAAUUGAAGUAUCUGUAAAAUCUGAUGGUAAACAUACGCAUGACCAUAAUCGUCGCUUACGUCAUCACCAUCGUUCACACCAUCACCUUGAUCGUAACACUACUCGCCAUUUUCAUAAUGAUUCCAUUACUCACGGUGAGCGUGGGGAGCCUAGCCAUGAACCAUCAACAGAGACCAAUACAACUCAGGAACAACGUGAAGUUAAGCCACAGAAACAGAAGAGGAGAAGAAAAGGAAAGAAAAGUAAUGACAAUUUUGAGGUUAUCACACCAGGUUUUCCUCCUAACUGUGAUCAGGGUGAACACUAUGAGCAUAAUCGGGUCCACAAACCUGAUUGUGUACAUAACCCCGUUCAUUCUAAUGCACAUCUUUCAGAACAUAAUGGUCAUGAUCCUGGUCAUGGACACCAAGAUCUUGAUCCUGAUAAUGAAGGUGAACUUCGACAUACUAGAAAGCGAGAAGCACCACAUGUUAAAAAAAGUGCAAUUUAUUCAGCUGCUAGUCACAAAGAUCAUAAUGAAGAUGACCAUCAACAUGAUGAGUGUUUGAAUGUCACUCAGUUGUUAAAAUACUAUGGUCAUGAUGCCAGCUCUCCUAUCUCACCUGAUCUAUUUACAUGCCUUUGCCCUGCGUUAUUAUAUCAGAUUGACAGCAGACUUUGUAUUGAACAUUUUGACAGACUUUUAGUUGAAGACUUAAACAAGGAUAAAAAUCUGGUUCCUGAAGAUAAGUCAAAUAUACAUGCAUCAGCAUGGAUUUGUGGUAUCAUUUCUAUCACUGUCAUUAGCCUGCUUUCCUUGUUAGGCGUGAUCUUGGUUCCCAUCAUUAACCAAGGAUGCUUCAAAUUCCUUCUCACAUUCCUUGUUGCGCUAGCUGUAGGAACAAUGAGUGGAGAUGCCCUUCUUCAUCUACUGCCCCAUUCUCAGGGUGGACAUGAUCACAGUCAUCAACAUGCACAUGGGCAUGGACAUUCUCAUGGGCAUGAAUCUAAGAAGUUUUUGGAAGAAUAUGAUGCUGUAUUGAAAGGACUUGUUGCUCUAGGAGGCAUUUACUUGCUAUUUAUCAUUGAACACUGCAUUAGAAUGUUUAAGCACUACAAGCAACAAAGAGGAAAACAGAAAUGGUUUAUGAAGCAGAGCACAGAAGAAGCAACUAUUGGAAGGAAACUUUCAGACCAUAAGUUAAAUAAUACACCAGAUUCUGACUGGCUUCAGCUCAAGCCUCUUGCCGGAACUGAUGACUCAGUUGUUUCCGAAGAUCGACUUAAUGAAACUGAACUGACAGAUUUAGAAGGCCAACAAGAAUCCCCUCCUAAAAAUUACCUUUGUGUAGAAGAAGAGAAGAUCAUGGCCCAUUCUCACAGUGAUGGAUUACAUAUCAUUCACGAGCAUGAUCUCCAUGCUACUGCACAUAACCACCUUGAGGAGACUAAAACUGUGCUGAGGAAACAUAAUCAUCAGUGGCACCACAAACAUUCUCAUCAUUCACACGGUCCUUGCCAUUCUGGAUCAGAUCUGAAAGAAACAGGAAUAGCUAACAUAGCUUGGAUGGUAAUCAUGGGGGAUGGCAUCCACAACUUCAGCGAUGGGUUAGCAAUUGGAGCAGCUUUCAGUGCUGGAUUGACUGGAGGCAUCAGUACUUCCAUAGCUGUCUUCUGUCAUGAACUGCCACAUGAAUUAGAUUGCUGUUUCUCUCAUGGUGUACUAGGUGAUUUUGCAGUUCUUCUUAAAGCAGGCAUGACUGUAAAACAAGCAAUUGUGUACAACCUCCUCUCUGCCAUGAUGGCUUACAUAGGCAUGCUGAUAGGCACAGCUGUUGGGCAGUAUGCCAAUAAUAUCACACUUUGGAUCUUUGCAAUCACAGCAGGCAUGUUCCUCUAUGUAGCCUUGGUGGAUAUGCUUCCAGAAAUGUUGCAUGGUGAUGGUGACAAUGAAGAACAUGGCUUUUGUCCAGUGGGGCAGUUCAUUCUUCAGAAUUUAGGAUUGCUGCUUGGAUUUGCCAUCAUGCUGGUGAUUGCCCUCUAUGAAGACAAAAUUGUGUUUGACAUCCAGUUUUGACCAUUCCCCGUAAUCACUGUUGAUUACGAGAGUGUUGCCAUGCAGCUUUGCAUCUGUUCCUUGUACUGUAUGCGCAUUGCUCAAAGAAAAGUCAGUGGCUUGCACUACUUACAACUUCCACAGAUUUGAGCAUAACCACAAAAGACUGGUGCUCAGUACUGUUUUCCCUGAGUGAAGUGGUCUUUUAAAAACAUAAAAGCUUGUGAUUAAAAAAAGGAGAAAAUGGGACUCUGUGAACCAAUGUUGAUAUAGGUUUGAUUAAGACUCUUUUUUUAAAUAAUCAUAUAAAACACUAAAGUAAUCUCUUUAUUAGUAGAAACUUCUGUGGCUAUGCAGAAAUAGAAAGUGAACCAAAAAAAUCAUUUAAACUUUAAAAAAUACCUUAAAUGGACUUUGGGCAGACUUUUUGUUUGUGCUUAGGAAUGAAUUGUAGUGCCCUUUAAUUCAGCUACACGUAUACGUAACGGUAAUGGGGAUCAACUUGACAUAAGUUUGAAAUUGCAUAAAAUAGACUGUAGCAAUUAGAGGAAAGCUCAGGCUGCAUUAGUGUAUGGAUUUAGCAUUGGGAAAAGCCCUUAUUCUUGAAUCUAGAGUUACUAUUUUUGUAUAUAUUUGCAGUGUUUGAACUUGCAGCCUAAACUACUGAAAAUUGUGAUUGUAUGUUUGUGUGAGCUUCAGUUUAAUGAAAGAUUCAUAAUGGUUCUUUGUACUAAUAUACUUGGUGUUUGGGAUUUUUUUUUUUUUUUUUUUUUUAAUUUUGUUUUAGUUUGGGUCUUUUGGUGGGGCAGUGGGGCAUGUGGUAAAAUGUUUUUUCCUUAAAAUUGUAACCCCUGAAAUAUCCAAAAAAUGGUGAACCCAAACAAGGUCUAAGUAUUCAGUUUCCCUCCUUUAACAGUACUAACUGUAACUAG